CAUCAAAACGAAGUAGAAAUGGAGAAAGGAGAAGACUUGAAUUCGGUUUUACCCUACUUGCCAUUGUUGGUUCGAUCAUCAACUCUGUUUUGGCCAUCGAAAGUAGUCGAAGCUCUUAAAUCAAUGGCGAAAGGACCCGAACACAGCCGGGUUAACUCAGGAGAAGUGAUUUCUGUGGCCAUUUGUGACAUCAGAAGCUCUCUCUCUCUCUUUGAACCUCUCGCGCCUUUUUCCCUCAAUGGUUACGCACUUUUCUUCGAUGACCUUAUAUCUUGGGCGGAAUCGACAAAGUGGUUUGGAGAGGUUGUUCCGGCUCUAGCAAAUUUUCUCUUGAAGUUGCCCUCUCUAUUAGAAAGUCACUAUCAAAAUGCAGAUGAUUUUCUUGGAAAAUAUGACAUCAAAACAGGUCUCCGCAUAUUGGGUCCACAGGAAGCAGGCAUAGCGUUCCUCAGCCAGGAAUUGAUUGGUUCUCUUCUUGCAUGCUCUUUCUUUUGUUUGUUCCUAGUCACUAGUAGAGGUGCAAACCAUCUUCCUACCAUCAACUUUGAUGAAUUGUUUGCGAGUCUAUAUGAAAGUUAUAGUGAAAAUCAGGGAAAUAAAAUAAAGUGCAUUGUACAUUAUUUUGAAAGGAUAUCCUCAUCUAUGCCUGUUGGCUCUGUCUCAUUUGAGCGGAAGGUUCUUCCUUUAGACCAUCAUCCUUUAUUCAUCUCUUAUCCUGAUGCUGACGCUUGGAGCAAAUCUGUCAUUCCUCUCUGCCCUUUUGAGGCUUACAGUUUAGGCUCAAUAGAAGAUCACUCCACUGACACUCUUCAAAUGGAUUUUGCAAACAAGUAUAUUGGAGGUGGUGCACUUCAUAGGGGCUGUGCACAGGAAGAGAUCUGUUUCAUGAUCAAUCCAGAAUUAAUUGCUGGGAUGCUUUUCUUUCCUUCCAUGGCCGACAAUGAGGCUAUAGAAAUUGUUGGUGCAGAAAGAUUCUCAGACUAUAAUGGGUAUGCCCCGUCAUUUCGUUUUUCUGGUGAUCAUGCGGAUAAAAGGAAUGUUUAUGUUUUUAGUAGACGUAAAACGAGGAUAAUUGCUAUAGAUGCAUUAUGCUGGCCUGGAACGAAACAAUAUGCGCUAAAAUACCUCCUUUGGUAUACAAAUAAGGCUCUUUGUGGAUUUAUUGAUCAAUCUAAAUUUGGUCGAUAUGAGAGACUUUUUCCAGACAUGGGACCUCAUGAAGCCAGGGAUAAAGACAACAUAUCGAGGAAUAAUUUUUCGUUACAUGAAGCUUCCUCAACUGGUUUUGAAACAAAUGAAGGAAUAUCUGUAAAUCUGAUGCUCAGAAAUUCUGACCAGAAGAGUUGUAAGUUUCUGAGACAUAAGGAAUCUCCAGGGAUUGUGACUGGGAAUUGGGGAUGUGCGUCUUUUGGGGGAGAUCUUGAGCUGAAGGCCAUAAUUCAGUGGCUUGCUGCUUCACAGGCAUUAAGACCUUUUAUUUCAUACUAUACAUGUGGCAUGAAGGCAUUACAGAACCUGGGCCAAGUGACACAGUGGAUUCUUUUACAUGAAUGGACAAUUGGGGACCUCUGGAAUAUGAUGGUAGAAUACUCAUCGCAAAGAUUGAAGGGAGAAACAAAUCUUGGAUUCUUUGCUUGGCUUCUUCCGUCAUUAUCCAAGAUAUUUGACUUGCCAUAUACGUGUUAGCUUCUUUUUUAGGAUCAUUAGUUGAAUUAGAUUUACACCAUUUUGCUUUUCUGUAUAUAGUAUUGUUCUUUGAGUUGUAUGUUCUGAUGAAAAAUGAAAUUUGUAGUUGUCAAUAGGUCUAACUGGGGUUAUUUUGUAAAAGUUUAAUGCUCUGCUAUUCUGUACCUUUCUUAUUCUUGUCUGUAAAGGGAGGGUUCUGAAUAGCUGAAAGAGUGUAUGAAUGCAGGACAUAAUUUUUCCAUAUUGGACAAUCUGAAUUGACCUCUGACGAGUU